GAGCAGAUGAAGCUUUCCACAGGAACCUGGUCACAUGCUGCGGGAUUAAUCUCAAAUAGACUCCGAUUCUUAAGAAUUUGCCGCACUGUAUAAUCACUCAUGGUUCCUGGAAGCUGUGGGGUGCCAUGCCGUAAUUCCGACGCCUCGUUGUUCCGAGGUCUCAAUGGUCCGAAAUAUUUCCCAUGAGAUCGACAUGCCACUAUGUCGGGUUACGGACCCGUCACCUCCUUGCGGACCCUCCCUAGAGGGUGAAGGAAACGUUGAGCAGCGCCAGACUGUUGAGUCACUGUGAGAGAAAAGGUGUAGGCCUAUAAGAUGGCUGUGAGGGACACGUUUGCAGACUUUUACGGUUGGCCUCCUGUGAGACGUCACAUCUCCUCUUUUCAAGCAAAAGCACAAGACAUUAAAAGGGAAUGUCCUCCUGGGAGAUGAUGAAGCUUCUUGUUCUGCUGCUGGUGUUCUGUUGGAUGGCCUGCGUAGAGGGAGAUGAGGGUAAAGCUGAACCUCCAGGGUCUACCUGUGAGAUGUACACAGAUAUGAAGACUUUUUUUGUCACUGAGGGGGAGGCUCUUCGCAUCGUACCAGAUGGUCUGCAGGGGAGCAAUUGGAACGACUCCCAACAUGACCUGUUCACCUGGCACCGCCAGGACGGAGAGACCAAUUUCUCCUCCUCUGAGGAGGAGAAAUUGGUCUCUCCCUCCUGGCACCGCCAGGAGGGAGAGACCAAUUUCUCCUCCUCAGAGGAGGAGCGGAUCCAUCAACAUGGCCCUGCCCUCUUCUUCCUCCCUCUAUCCAUCAACGACACCGGUCACUACAUUGCCCGGUAUGACAGCCAGUAUCUAUACCACCACAGGCUCGACUACUUGGGGAAAUGCCACAUCUUCUACGUUCCUCUGCUUGUGACCAGCGAUCCCCUGGAAACUUUCUACACCCCCAUCGAGAGCUCUGACUCUAACCCCCAAGUCCCCUGUCCGGAGCAGGUCACGGAUGUGUGCAAAGACUUCAGAGGAGUUCUCAGCUGGUACCAGAACUCCAGUCUGAUGGUGGGGGAGAAACUCCCUACACUGCAGCUGCAAGGACACACCAUGCCGUACAUGGCCGUGUACAAGUGUGUGUGCACGUGGAAACACAAUGAGAAGCCGUACAACUCCACGGCCUCCAGAGAGCUGAAGAUGAUGGAGCAGCCGGCUAAUCAGGAUAUCCAAAUCAUCCUUCCUACCACCACAGAGCUGACCGUUCACCCAGGUUCCCCGCUGGAGAUCCAGUGUGUGGCCUUCUUUGAGACCAACUUCAAAAGUCCCUGUGAAGUUCGCUGGGAGAAGAACAACCACAGUAUAUCUGGGAUGGAGGGUUACCAGCAGACCUUCUUCAGGGAGACAGUGGAGUCAUCCAAGAAGAGCUUUUGCUCCUCCACCCUUACUAUUGAGAAGGUCCAGGGGUCCGACCUCCAAACCUCCUUCAGGUGUAGGGCCUCCAACCACAGAGAAACCAGAUUCCACACUCUCAGCCUCAAGCUUGCAGAAUCGAGGAGCUACCUUGUGGUUGCGGUGGUGUGUGUCAGCUUUGUGUUCCUGUUAGCCGCCCUCACCAUCAAAUACUUCUUUAUGGACCUGGUUCUGUUUGGCAGAAGGUUCCUGAAAUGCUGCAAGGCCAGCAGCGAUGGGUUGCUGUACGACAUCUACGUGGUGUACCACUAUCAGGAGAAGAGUGAGGGGAUCCUGAACCGCUUCCUCUCCCAGGCCCUGCCCCACGUCCUGGAGCAGAAGUGUGGCUACAGGGUCUUCACCCAUGGCCCUAACGACACACCCAGAGCAGACCGGUUGGAGGUGGUGAAGGAGUACGUGAGGCUGUGCAGGAGGCUGAUGGUGGUGCUCCCUCCGGGGUUAGAGAUCCAUGAGACCCUGGGCUCUUCCCCCAGCAGCCCUGUAGGGGAUGAUGUUGAGUGGCAGGUUGGGCUCCACGAGGCCUUGGCCCAGGAUACGAGAGUGAUCCUGGUCCAGCUGGGUGAGGUGGGACCCCAGGGCUACACCCAUCUCUCCCCCACCCUGCAGAACUUUAUCCACAAACGUUCCCCCCUCUGCUGGUUGGAGGACUCACCAGGCGCCGCAGACUGGAACUCACGUUUCUGGAAGAGGGUGCGCUACGAGAUGCCCGUCGUGUCCGCCAAACCCUCUUCUCUUUCUGUUUUGUGAGAGGUUCUUGGGUAAUGAAGUUUACCAUGAUGUUAAUAAUGUUGAGUAUCAGUAUCACUAUUAAUUAUUCAAACCGAAAACUUGAGAACGCAGACACAGGAGAUUUAAUGAAGAAAGCCCUGAUUUAUUAAUAAACGGGGAGGCAGGAAGAUGGGUAGGGUUCUUCAAUGGAGGGCAUUCAUAACAUAGGUCAGUAAGAACAACAAAAAGUUUCAAGAAAAACCAUGGAGAGGUAUUUAAAUUCCAAACGAUUCCAACCAUUUGCUCACUUUGUUUACAGAGGUCUAGAGUCACAAGUGAGCAAGUGAUUUAAAAAAAAUGUAUAGGCCAACGUAUUUGACGAGGAACCAGUGAUUAAAUUGAGGAACUGAAAAUCCCUGCUCACUGGUCGGAAAUGUUACAUACGAUUGGUGUUAUACAACUGUUUAAGCGACCUUGAGUGUGAUAAAGGUGCUGUAUAAAAUAAACAUAUUUUUAUUAUUAA